GUCGAGUUGACAGUUUAAUUAAUUAAGUUGAAUAAAAACAUUGUUUUUUUUAAGUGCAUAUGCUAAUUAUCGAUCACUUCAGAUAUCACCAGGCACUUUAUUUUUUACUCAAAUGUGUGUUUCAUAAUGAUUUGAAAAAAAACAUUUUCGAUUGAUCCAGCACUUAGCCAUAUUCGUAUUUUAAGGUUAAAAGCUUGAUGAUGACAUGAUGGAAAAUAGAUUCAAAGAUGAGCACUAUUUCGAAUGUAGCUGUUACCAGUAUUAUACAGAAUUUUGAAGACACUAUUUUCAUACGGGUAGCAGAAACUCAAUGAAUUCUACUACAGUGAAGCCAGUUUUACGAAUUAGCAGAAAUCAUUUAAUGGCUCGUUAAAACACCAUCUGCACAUUUCAGGGAACAGCGCAAAUAUGAAUAAUCAGUUAGGAAGUAUCAUGUUGGAAAAAACCACUGCCAUUCGACGUGUGAAGGAUUCGGCACCUGUUAAUGGUGCUCAACAAAAUGUAGAAGAGAAAAAAUCAUCUGCACCAUUUUCAGGAGAUUUAAAUAAUUUGGACAAUGAAUUAUAUUUAGAUUCUGAACAUUUAACUUUGUGGCAGCAUCCAAUUACCACAUUGAAUUAUUUUUUCCGAGAACUUUUUAAUAAUAUAUUUAGCUUAGGGGGAAAGGCAUUGCAUUACAAAAAGACAGUAUGGAGCAUAAUAUCAAUAAUUACAUUAUUUCUGAUAUUGAGUAGAAUUUCUGGUCCACAUCAACAGAUAUUGAAAGCAUGGGAGACAAAAAUAAUUUGGUGGUUAUAUUGGAUAGGUUUAGGUGUCCUUUCCAGUGUAGGUCUUGGUACAGGUUUACACACUUUUGUACUGUAUCUAGGACCACAUAUAGCAGCUGUCACAAUGGCUGCAUAUGAAUGUGGCGCUCUCAAUUUUCCUGAACCACCAUAUCCUGAUCAAAUAAUAUGUCCAACAACAAUUGAUCCAAUGUGGACAGCAGGAAUAUUAAAUAUCAUGAGAAAAGUACGCAUAGAAGCUAUGCUUUGGGGUGCUGGUACUGCACUUGGUGAACUACCACCAUAUUUUAUGGCUAGGGCAGCUCGAACUAGCAGACAAAAUAAUAGAAAUGAAGAAUUUGAUCAAGAAGAUUUAAAAGAAUUAGAAGCUUUAGAAGCUUUAGAAAAUGGAGAAAAUGUUUCAUUAUUAAUUCGAUUAAAGCUAAUUAUGAAACAUUUUGUGCAAAAAGCUGGAUUCUGGGGAAUUCUUGCUUGUGCUUCAAUCCCCAAUCCAUUGUUUGAUCUUGCUGGCUUGACAUGUGGUCAUUACUUAAUUCCAUUUUGGACAUUUUUUGGAGCUACACUUAUAGGAAAGGCGAUUAUAAAAAUGCAUAUUCAACAACUUGCAGUAAUUAUAGCUUUCAAUGAAGAACUUUUAGAUAAAUUCAUAAAACUGCUGGCAAUUGUACCAUUUAUUGGUUCCAAAUUUCAAGAGCCAUUGAAAAAGUAUCUUAUUCAACAGAAAGAAAAAUUGCAUGAUAAAACGUCGAUGGAUGGAGCAACAACAAUUUCAUGGUUAUUUGAUAAAUUUGUAAUGUUGAUGAUAUGUUACUUUUUAGUAACAAUUAUUCAUGCGUUAGCAAGGAAUUAUCAUCGUAAACGAACUAAAGAAUGUACUGAUUAAAAGUUAUUGAAUAUAGGAUAUACAAUGUAAACAUAAAAUCAAUUAAAAAACUACGUACAGAUAAAGUUGCUAUUAAAGUGCAGUAUAAUUAAGGUACUAAAAAUAAUAAUAAUAAUAUUGUGGCCGAAUUUUUAAGUGCACAAUUUCUCUUUUGCAAUAUGAAUAAAUCGUGAAGGAUGAAGUAUAUAAA